CUGUCUGUGUAAGCACUUCCAUCUCUCACGGUGGAUUUAAGUUUCGAUUUCUGCAACAAUAUAUUUGCUGCAAAUCAUCUGUGCUCUCACCUGCUCGAAGAGGUAAAGACAUGGCACCGACUCUGUUUGACAGCGAUGCAAAGCCAGGGGAUCUGAUUGAGAUCUUCCGUGAGACGUAUAACCACUGGGCUAUCUUCAUUGGAGGAAACGAAGUUGUUCAUUUAAUUCCUCCAACACACAGAGGUGGUGAUUUGGGAAGUUUUGGAGAAAUGCUGUCUUUUCUGGAGAGCAACAAAGCACAAGUGAGGCGACAAAGGUUAUGGGAAGUGGUCGGGUCCGACAAUUUUCAUGUCAACAACCUCCUGGAUGAUGAAUACCAGCCUCGCGAGCCUUAUGUCAUUGUCAGGGACGCCUGUAGGAUGGUCGGUCGAGAGCUUCCAUACAAUGUUGUCACUAACAACUGUGAACACUUUGUCACUGAACUGCGAUAUGGCGAGGCAGAGUCACGGCAGGUUCAAACAGCAGCUGUGGUUGGAGGCAUAGCCGCAGCAGGUGUGGCAGUUGCAGUUUUGGGUGCUGCUCUGUUUUCUGCUCUGCACAAAGAUGACAAAAGAAGACAAAAUCAUAAGUGACAUGGAAGAAGAGAAGCAAUAAUCCUGCUGGAGUCUGGAUUAUUUCAGCUACCUUUGUAAAUCUUUUUGAUUUUCUGUGUGGGAGAAACAAACAGCAAUGUAAAAUGUUGUCAAUCAUUAAUUUAAUUGUUAAUAUUAAAUCAGACCUAGGAUAUUUUCCUUAUAUGCAAAGUCUUUGCAAUGACUUCCUAACUUUUACAUGCUAAAUUAUUUCAAGUGAGCAUUAUGUAUGAGCACCAGCACAGAUAAGUUACUCCUCCUAUAAAUAAAGACCAAACUGACAUUUAUUGUAUGUAAGAUAUAUUUGUUGGCAACAAUCAUGACUUACUGAGCGGCACUGAGAGCGAAACUGUGAAAAGGGAAACAGUGCAAGCACAGAGAAACAGGAAAAUACUGAGUUAUGUUUUACUUAAGACCUUUUAUGAGCUUAGAGGGUGUUUAUCCCUCCUAUCUGGCUAAGCAUUGUUCUGAAUCACAAUCAGCUACUGUUCUGUUACUGAACCCUGUUACAGACCAGGCAGGUGGACUCAGCUUUUCUCAGUGUUAGAAUCAAAUUAAAAGCUUGUUUGUUUUCUCAAUAGCAAGCAGUUGGUUAGUAAAGAUUUUGGGAAUCAAUUCUUUUUGCAUGUGUCUGUUAAAUAAAGAUUCAACUA